AUGGCUGCCAAAGUUGCAAAUCCGCCUGCAGCAUCACCCGCCGAUAAAGAUGUAGCCAGUCUACAGGUUACAUUACCUCAAAUGUUGGAUCUUGCAUUGGGAACACCGGAAGUUGGAGCGGUGAAUUUAAAUAUCCUCCACAAUUUCCUUCAUAUUUUACUGCAUCAGAUAAAUUUGAAAUCAACUAAGGUCGAAUAUCGUGGUGACGAUGCUAAUCGAAUUAAGACGAUAGUAAGCUCUCUGAAAGGCGGUCCAUCGCUUUAUCUACAGGAAUACAGUAUUAUCGAUGAUUCCAACAACGCGAAACAUCGUGUUCGCAGUGCUGACGCUGUUGACGUGAAAGCAGACGUAGUAACAGAUGGUAAAAAGAAUUCAGAUAAGGGAGAUAUGAAAGAAACGAAAGGUACGAGGCAACAAAUUGGUCCUGGUACGGAAGGUGAAUGUGAAACUGUUAUUUUUGUGGAACCAAUCGUCGAUGGUACAACUCCAACAGCAUUAGGUUUUAAACGAAUCGAGCAAACCGUAAACGAGCUUCAGCAGCGAUUUCAAGCUCUGGAAGAGUUAUCGACGACGCCAGAGCUUAUCGAGCGAAUAAAGGGUAAAAUCACAGAUCCUGUGACUGACGUCUGGCAAAUUAUCAGCAUCACCAAAAGAUUGGAUGCCAGUGAAGAAGGUAUUGAUAAGCUGACGAAAAUGGUGCAAGAUGUGAUCAAAGGUGAUACAACGAUUGCAACGGGAGGAGGAUCGCCAGACCUCGACGACAGACUGGUGAAUUUAGAAAACGCCCUUAACGAUUUGGAGCAGGUUGUUCAGAAUUUGCAAGUAAUCGCUAACGGCGAGGAGGGUGAGGGUGAAAAAGCCGCGGCCGGUGAUACAAGCGAUGCAAAGGAGGACGAACAUCCGUCGGCAGGACCACGAAUUUCAUUAAGCCAGCUUCUAGGCGGAAUAGACGUGAAAGAAAUGCAUCAGAACGUGGCCACUUUGCAGAAGGAUGUUAAACAAAUGAAGGAAACGUUGAAAAAUACAGAGGAAAAAAUUAAGAAGACUGAAACGGCUCAAAAAACGGAGACAAAACAGGACACUGGGCACAAAGGAGAGGACUCGCAGAAACCGAAGGAAACAGCUGAAGAACCGCACAAAGAUACGGAAACGGCGCAAGUAACGGAGAAGAAAGACACAGAGGAACAAGUAGAAAAACAGAAGGAAACUAAGGAACAUGGGAUUAAAGAAAGGCAGAAGGAAGGACGCGUAGAAAGUCCGAAAUCGCCUACAAAAAGUGUGAAAGAGGAGCAGAUAAUGGAUACAGAUGAAUUACACGUCCUUAAUGAACGAAUCUCAAAAUUGGAGAAGGAUGUGACGUGUUUGUACGAGAAAGUAAACAGCGCACCAAUGGCUGGUGUUUCAGGCAGCUCUGACGUCGACGAUUUAAUGUCGAAAGUUCAGGAAAUCCAGAAUGAAAUGGAGAAAUUGAAUCAAACCGCGGAUCGUCUGAUCGAUGAUCGCGAAAAUCGUGAGCUGCAUCUUAACGCACUGUUGGAGCAAGUAGAAAUUCUGAAGACCAUCAAAGCGGACAGAGAAGAUCUCGAAGACGCUCUGGCCGACAAAGCCGAUUCUCAAGCGAUAAAUAGAAAAGUCUCUUACGAUCAAUUCGACGCAGCUUGCGACGACCUCGCCCAAGGACUCGAGGACGCUAUUAAUAAAUUAGGAAAGCAAGAGACAAUCUGGCAGGAAGCACUGGACGAAGUGCAGAAGGAGAUCGAGGGGAAAGUUGACAAAAUGGAAAUGUCGCCGCUGAAAGAUUUCGUGAAUCAUCGAUUGAAGUCGUUCCAGGAAAGAUUGAAGAAAGUGGCGGAAACGAGGCAAGAAAGCGAAGCAGCUGGUACGAAGAAAUUACUUAGGGAUGUUCAGUGUAUCUCUUGCGACAAGGACGUAGUGAUGAGAAUGGACGGUGGUCACAAGCACAAAGUGGAAGCGUUACCCUGCACAGCCAGCAUGAAGCCGUACCUAACUUAUGAAUUGGAUCAGGUUAGGAAACAACACAGAAGAUUACCUCAUAGCAGGAAUAUGAUUCAAUUUGAGGCAGCCAUGCAGGAAGAAGCAAGGAAACAGAAGAGCGCGCGAGCUGAUACACUUGUAAAGACUCCUAGAGAUCAUCUGUGCAAUCGAUACUGCGGCGGAAGUCACACGGUAACAACUCCUCAGCAGAGAGUGAUGCGAAUGGGCCAUUUCAUCAAUGAGUGGGGACCGGAAAUAAUUCAACUGACGGAAGGGAUGAUAAAGGGUACGGAUGGAAGGAUGUACAGAAGUCGUCGGGUGCCGGAUAAAAUCGAUGUCUGCGGGCCUGCAUACUGUGACGAUCGUGGCGACGAUGGUCGACCGUCCUCGGAUCGACCGGCCUCUGCUACUGUGCCAACCAAGAAAUUGUCCGAUAGACAAGCUUCCAUUAGUCCAAAGAAACGAAGCGCAAGGAGACACUCUCGAGACGUAGGCAGAGAAGCAAUGGAAGGGCUGGCUGAAGCUUCUGGAGCAGAAGAUCAAGAAUCCGUGGAUAUGCCGCUGGAUCGUGGGGAACCUCCGAGUCAUCCUGCUCGAUACAUCGAAGAGGACGAAAUGGAAGAACAAGACUGA